AUGAGAUUCGUCCCAUUUUUGCCGGCGUUGCUUUCACUUUUGUCAUCCGUCUCCGGUCAAACAUCGAGUGGCUUGACUUUUGACGCUGGCGAUGAGGUCAACUUUCUUUGGGCCUUCGAUGGCAUGACGACGGGACGGUAUGAUUUCUACCUGUGUGCCGGUGAUGAAUCUACAGGCCAAUAUGAGUCUCUGGAUCGAGUGAUCGCCGACUCGCUCUUUUCACCCGGCGACCGCAUUGCUUUUCGAGUGAAUCCGCUCGUUGGAGGAAGUGACGCCAACGCAUACUUCCUUCAAAUCACUUCUGUUCAACCCAAUGAAUAUUGGUCUGGAUUCACUUCUCACUUUACCAUCACGAAUAUGCGAGGCAAAUUUUCGCCUACAGUUAUGGACGCUGUGAGGUCAAUGCAGCCGCUCCCAAUCCCAUUCGCCUUGACCAAAAAUGCCGACUCAAUCGACGCGUCGACCUUACAAGUUCCAGUCCUGGACGAGUCUCCCUCGCCCAGCGAGUCUGGCGAGCAAACCACGUCUAUUCCUGAUCUCCCCAUGCCAACCACGUCACCAAAGCUAGAUCACAACGAGCUACGAAAGCGUGCUGUAGACCAGCACACAGUUCCCUGGGGCUUACAAACGGGGCUGACCAAAUAUGCGCCCACCCCCAAGCGGGCCGGGUCAACGAUCAAGUCUGGAUCGCCAACACCUCAGUACCCACCGUUCCCUUUUCAGAUUGCAACGACCUAUCUGGGCCUGCCGACAGUUCAAUACACUGAUAAUGCGUACUUGACUCCAACUGCGCCCUUUGUGGAGAACCCGGCUCCUCACGCUUCUGCGCCAACGGUGGAUCCAAAGAAGCAGGAAUGGUAUGAGAAUUUAAAGGCGGAGUUCAACCUUUGA